AUGGGCUCCAAGAUAUUCGCUCCACUCGUAUGUAGCUUCGCACUAGUGGUAGUCAGUGCCUUUCCACAUGGUCAUCAUGGGCAUGAUCAUGGGGGUCACAGUGCUUCCAGUCACGCUUCAGUGCAUUUAGUCUCACACGACGAUCAUCACGAUCAUCAUGGUCACCAUGGAGACGGACACGGACACGGACACGACAAUGGUCAUGACUCACACGCUGAGUAUCACUUCAGCUAUGGCGUAAAGGAUACCAAGACGGGUGAUAUCAAAGAGCAGAGUGAACACCGUAAAGGUGAUAAGGUAUCCGGACAUUAUGAACUGAUUGAAGCGGAUGGUCACAAGAGAACUGUGCACUAUACGGCUGACAAGCACAGUGGUUUCCAUGCGGUGGUACACCGUGAACCCACACACCAUCAUGUAGCUGAUCAUGGACACACCAGCUACCAUGGUGGACACGCCGAGGUUGAAUCGCACGACGAUGGAGAUGGUGGGGAUGGUGGUCAUGGUUACGAACAUGCCCACGGAGGACACACUAGCUACCAUGGUGGACAUGCCGAGGUUGAAUCGCACGAUGGUGGAGAUGGUGGGGAUGAUGGCUACAGUCAUGAUUAUGGACAUGGUCAUGGUCAUGGUCACGGUCAUUCUAGUGGCUUUUCAAUCAAACAAGAACAUGGUGUUGCGGUACAUCAUCAUGGUGGACAUGAUUUCGGUGGACACGGUGGACAUUAG